GGGACACGGUGCUCCAAUAACAUACUAUAGCCGUCCACCCUAAAUUGCCUCAUCUUUUCUGCACCACUUCCCGGGACUUCUCAACACGAGUGUAUGAUCUCACGUUAAAACCCAAACAGCGGCCGUCGAAUCCUCGUUGGCCUCCGAACAAGCAACCCAGUCUUGCUGGGCCCGCUCAUAGGUCUAGACAUGACCCAGAUAGAAGGUCCUGCAGACGGCGUAGGACGGUGUGUCCUGGUUCUCAUGGGGGGUAGAUCGGGAGGCCAUCAAGGCGAAGUUCUAGGAGCUGAUUUUCAUCCUCGACAACCUCUUCUAGCAACAUGCGGAAUGGAUCGAUUCGUCAAGAUUUGGCACCUCCCUCCGCAGCUAGUCCAACACAAAGCAUCCAAGAAUAACGUCCCUUUGCUCCGACAGGACAAGCCUCUUUUCAGUAGUAGCAGACUGCAUAAAGCACGGGUCAUUUCUGUCUCAUGGUUGGAGGACGAUACGUUACUAUCUCACAGUGCGCCGGCUAUCAUGCGCUUGGAUCCCUCGGAUAUUGGCAACAAGGUCACGUAUAUCGAGCCAGGGACCAUCGUCCUAUGGCGCUGGCUAAGUCUUAACCGGUUUUUUCCCGCAACGAAGCCUCCAGACCAAGAGGUUCUGCGUGGAUGCGCGUCUGACUAUCAACAAAGUGCUUCAUUCAAAAUACUAUCUGUCUACUCCAUUACAGAGUGCGUGGACUCUUACAAUCCACCUCGACUCUCUGUUUUCAGGAGUGAAAAACACUGUCCAAUUAUCCUGUUCACUCGUCCAAACUCCAACACCAUCACCCUGUAUAAUGUUGCCCAUUUUGAGGCCCGUAGUGUGCCGCCAUUCACCUCGGAUGUAGAUGAUGUCGCUGAACUGACAGAAAGGAUGCAGUUGACAGAAGAUGUGAUUGCACGUCUUGUUGAAGAGCAAAAACCAAGUCCGCGAGGGUGGGAAAUCAUGCUCCAGGCACAAGACCGUACAUUUCCCAGAGUCGCUGAUAAUGUGAAGGAAACUCUCGUGUCCUGUUCCAUGGGGUUCGGAGGUCGGGUCAUUGUGGGAACAGGGUCCUUGGGCAGCAUAUGGAUCUGGCGCAGGGGUAAAUUUAGUUAUCUUUGGUGAUCUUGGGCAUGCACAUUGAUAUAUAAUGCUUCAAAGCUUCCAAAGUCUGAAAAGAAGUGAUCCAAUUCCACAGUAAAAGUACGAACAGUAAGUAACGACAUUGCACUCUUAUAUAUAUACACAAAAAAGAAAAUCUUCUGCCGCCAGUGCACCUCCGUUGACUUGUAA